AUGUUACAUGAUUAAAUUUCUAAUGUUGGGAUUUGGUUAGAAUAAUUAAAAAAUGGAGGAGAAUUUUAUAGUAGAAAUAAGUUAAAUAAUAAAGAAUAAAGAUUAUAAUAUAUUGUAAUAGAUAAAUUGGAAAAUUUAUCAUUCCCUCCAGAAAUUGAUGCCUAUGAAACUUAACUUAAAUUAAGGAUGUCAGCUACAAUAUAUGAUUUAAAAACUGAAUAAUUUAUAUCAAAUACAUACAAGAGUCCAUAUUUAACAAUAUUUUUGACAGACUUAGUAAAUAUGGCAGAUAAUCCAGAUGAAGGAGAAUUAAAUGAGAAUGAAAUUCCAUAAAAAAAGUAGACUAGAAAUUAACCAAAAUUAAGAAGUGGAUAAGCAAUAACAAGAUAUUAACAUGCUGCUGUUUGGAUAGGAUUUGUAAUGAAUAAAGCAUAAUAUUUAAAAGAAUAUAAAUUAGCAGUAGAAUUUACAUUAUCUUAAUAUAGUAAUAAAACAAAAUUGACAACUACAUUUAAAACACUUGGUUAUGCAAUGAUAGAUUUAUCUGCUAAAAUAACAUUUGCUGAUUUAUAUGCUGGAAGUGUAAGAGAUCUAACAAAUAGUUUUUAUAUAAGAGAAUAAAAGUAAAUAAAGCCAAUUUAAGUAAGUUAUAAAUGGAAAAGUUUUAAACAUGUUCCAACUGCUAUAAUGAAAUUAAUAGGUCCAUUUUUAUUAUUUGGUUAUGAUGAUACAGUAGUUGGUUUAAGAGGUAAUAAAUUACCACCUAUUAUUAAUGAUCUAAAAUAUUUGGAAUUAGAUGAAGCUUUAAAUUUGUCAUUUCCAAAAUGUAAAAUUUAUAUUCAUUAAAUUGUUGAUUUGGAAAUAUUUAAUUAUAUUUCUAAAAAGUAAUAAGAAUUAGCAUAAGUCUCUGAAAAAGAAAGUGAUAAUAUUAAAAUUACUAAAUCUAAAUCUAGACUUAUACCAUUUUGUCAUAAUGGUUGGAGAGAUGUAAAUGAAUUUGGAUUUGAAAAUAUUUAUAUAUUACAGGAAGUUGAAAGAAAUGAUAAAUUUAUUGUUUAUACAACUGAAAAACCAAUAAGAGCAGAUAGAAUUUAUAAAGAUUCUGCAGUAAUCUUUUAAUUAGUCUAUUAUUAUGAUAUUGAAAUCUUAGAAAUAUAAUAAGAUCCUAUCGAAGUUAAUGUUGGAUGGUUUGCAUUAACUCCUAAUGAUUGUACUAAANAGUAGAAAUAAGUUAAAUAAUAAAGAAUAAAGAUUAUAAUAUAUUGUAAUAGAUAAAUUGGAAAAUUUAUCAUUCCCUCCAGAAAUUGAUGCCUAUGAAACUUAACUUAAAUUAAGGAUGUCAGCUACAAUAUAUGAUUUAAAAACUGAAUAAUUUAUAUCAAAUACAUACAAGAGUCCAUAUUUAACAAUAUUUUUGACAGACUUAGUAAAUAUGGCAGAUAAUCCAGAUGAAGGAGAAUUAAAUGAGAAUGAAAUUCCAUAAAAAAAGUAGACUAGAAAUUAACCAAAAUUAAGAAGUGGAUAAGCAAUAACAAGAUAUUAACAUGCUGCUGUUUGGAUAGGAUUUGUAAUGAAUAAAGCAUAAUAUUUAAAAGAAUAUAAAUUAGCAGUAGAAUUUACAUUAUCUUAAUAUAGUAAUAAAACAAAAUUGACAACUACAUUUAAAACACUUGGUUAUGCAAUGAUAGAUUUAUCUGCUAAAAUAACAUUUGCUGAUUUAUAUGCUGGAAGUGUAAGAGAUCUAACAAAUAGUUUUUAUAUAAGAGAAUAAAAGUAAAUAAAGCCAAUUUAAGUAAGUUAUAAAUGGAAAAGUUUUAAACAUGUUCCAACUGCUAUAAUGAAAUUAAUAGGUCCAUUUUUAUUAUUUGGUUAUGAUGAUACAGUAGUUGGUUUAAGAGGUAAUAAAUUACCACCUAUUAUUAAUGAUCUAAAAUAUUUGGAAUUAGAUGAAGCUUUAAAUUUGUCAUUUCCAAAAUGUAAAAUUUAUAUUCAUUAAAUUGUUGAUUUGGAAAUAUUUAAUUAUAUUUCUAAAAAGUAAUAAGAAUUAGCAUAAGUCUCUGAAAAAGAAAGUGAUAAUAUUAAAAUUACUAAAUCUAAAUCUAGACUUAUACCAUUUUGUCAUAAUGGUUGGAGAGAUGUAAAUGAAUUUGGAUUUGAAAAUAUUUAUAUAUUACAGGAAGUUGAAAGAAAUGAUAAAUUUAUUGUUUAUACAACUGAAAAACCAAUAAGAGCAGAUAGAAUUUAUAAAGAUUCUGCAGUAAUCUUUUAAUUAGUCUAUUAUUAUGAUAUUGAAAUCUUAGAAAUAUAAUAAGAUCCUAUCGAAGUUAAUGUUGGAUGGUUUGCAUUAACUCCUAAUGAUUGUACUAAAGCUAAUGAAAAAUUAAAAUUAUAAAUUCAUGGUGAUAGAAAAUCAUUUAAUUCAUAAAAAUGGUAUGCUAAAUUAACACCUAAAUCACCAGGAGAAGCAAUUAUCACAUAUGAUUUUGUCUAUUUUGAAUAAAAAUAAGAGAAAAAAGGUAAUUAAUAAAAUAAAUAAAAAUAAUAAUAAUAAAAAUUGAUAGAUCCAAAUACUUUAAAAGGACGUUUAAUUGAAUUAUCUAUUAAAAAGAAAAAUGAAAGUAAAUAUCAUUUUAAUUAUUAAAAUAGUUAAAACUGGUCUUGCUAGAGAAGAAAAUAUUAUGAGAUAAAAUAAAUUAAUAUCUGAUCUUUUUACAAUUAAAUAAAAUACAACUAAUCUUAUUACAGGAAUGAUUAAUUAGAAUUCUUAUGUUUAAUCAAAUACAUAAGUCUUAUUACAUGAAUUUUAAGGUUUAUUAGAAGUUGGUAUUAAGAAUUUUGAAUUGGCAAAAGAAAAAUAUUUAUUAGAAGAAUAAAGAUUAUUAAAUUUUAAAAAAAGAAAAGAAAAAUUAGAUAUUUUAUAAAAUUCUUUAACAGAAGAUUUAAGGAAUAAAUUUGAUAAAUGGUAAUAUGAAUAAUCUCAUCAUCCUAAUUUAGAUAUUUGUUAUAGAAGUAUUAUUAAAAUUGUAAUAAUUUAGGCACACUAUUAGAUUUUUAUUUACAAGUAGGAUUUGGUUAUAGAGAUUUACCUGCUAGUAGAUAAAUUUAAAUUGAUUUAGAAGAAUCAAAAAAAUAACUUAAUUUAAAAAUAACUUUACUUUUAACAUCAUAUAAAUUUGUAUUAAAAAUGAACUCUCCAAUAAAAGAAGAUUUUGUAUUAUAACCAAUAUAUUUAUUUGAUAAUUACUGUCCAACUUCAUUAUUAUUUAGAAUUCAUAUACUUGGAUAAGAAGAUGAAAUUAAAAGUCACAAAGCAAAAAACUAAAAAGAAUUUGAAAGAUGGAUGUCAGAUAGAAUGUAUAUGCAUUUAGAAUUCAAAAAAGUAAUUAAAGAAUAAAAUUUAACAAAUAAAAUAGCUAUUAUUGAAAUUUGGAAUGAAAGUUCAAUUACUAUAUUAGGAAGAUGUUUUGUUCCUUUAUUUUAAGAUUCUAUUAUGUUUUAAGAAUCCUCAAUUGUUUGUUCGCUUUAUAAAGAGUGUGAUGUCAUUUCUUAUGAUGGAAAUUAUAUUAUUGGUUAACUUGAUAUUGGAGUUCUUGUUUAAUAUACAGAUGAUGAAAUCAAAAAUGAUAUUGAUUUCUAAGAAAAACCCAAAGAAAUUUUAGUUGUAGAUAAACCAUAAAAUGAAUCCUAAAAAAUAGAGAAUGAAUCAAAAGUAUAACCUAUUCCUUAACCUUAAGAAUAUCAUGAUAUAAUAAGGGUUUAUUAUUCUGGAUAAGAAGAAACUAAACUAGUUGUAAAUAAUCCAAUUAUGCUAAAUUCAUAAUUUUUGAAGUAUCAAAUUUUCGAUAUUUUUUUAGAUUUAUUAAAACUUUAACAAUUGUUGGAGAUUCAUCAGUCAAAUUAGAUUAUUAUAACGACUAUGAAAUACAUUUUAUAUGCAACAUAUAUGAUGUAGCAGAAACAUUUUUAAUUCUUUAUGAUCAUCUUAAAGAAAAUAUACUUUAAGUCUAUAGAUUUGUAAUAUAUAAAUGUUAAUCAAUUGUAUAUAAUGACUUUGUAGGAAGACUUAGCAAUUUAUAUAUUCCAUACGAAACUAAUCUAACAGAUAAAAUUGAAGUUGUACCAGCUAAUCCUUUUUUAAUUAGACCUAAAUUAGAUGAUCUACCAGUUAUUAAAGAUUCUUUAUUUUAUAUUCCUGUUCAAUGUUUAGCAAUUGAGUCAUAAUUUAUUACAACCAGAUUUACUAUUUAAUAAGGAGAUAGUAUGGAAACAAGAUUAAUUCACUUUAAACCAAAAGAAAACAAAGUUUUUUAACUUUUUAAUCUUGAUUGCCCUAAAAAUCAAGAAAAAUAAGAAUAGGUUCUUUAUUAAAAUAGAUCAGAUAAAGCAGUUUUCUUAUCAAUUACUUCAUCUAAUUCUGCUCUUUAAUUAUUAACACAUACACUCAAAUUAGAACCUUAUUAAUCUUCUCCCAUUUAAUUUUUACUCAAAAAGUAUGGUUACACAAAAAAAUAAUAAAUUAAGCUCUAUUUAACAAAUUUAGAAUGCGAUUAUAAAGAUUGUAUGAUGUUUAAAAUUAAUUAUUAUUGA